AGAAACAUCUGUCUUAAAAGGAAAAAUACACAACUAGUGAGGGUAGAAAAUCUACCUAUUUUACAAGCUUAUCCAUUAUUUUUGGGGGUGUUUGUUGUAAAUGUACAGAUACAGCAUAUUUUACAUAUUUAAUGAAUGGAGCGGAAAUUGAAUACAUUCAGUAAAGGCAAAUAGAUGUCAGAAUGCCUUGAUUUAAUGGGAGGAGACAUCAACAACGGAAGGAUGUGAUGCAGAGAUUUUCUUGUUUCCUCCCUUUUAAACAACCUCAGCCUCAUUUCAUGGUUAUUGUAAAAUAACCUAAUGUUUAUCAGUUUAAGAGCUUGAAUGCUGUUCUUGUGUUGAGGUUACACUUUCUAAAACUUACUUGCAAUACAUACACAAAACAACAAAUAAUAUAUUCAGAGAGCUGUGGCCAUCUCCUUUUGGAGGAUGGACAUUUCAGAUGUAAACUAAAGACAAUACAAGGAAAUAGGAAGCCCCCUGUGCACAGACCAGGUUCCAGAAGUUUCCCAGAAAACUAAUGUCAAAGUCGAGCCACAGGGCUUGUCUAAGUUCACGGCACUGGCCUGGAGCAGUACAUUUGGCCACCUGGGAACUGGAAAGGACAGAUCCAUAGUAAUGGCUGAAGCAAUACCACUGCGAGAAAAGAAGCAGAGAACUCUACCUCGGUCUGAUGGGUGUGGUCUCAAUAACUUUGACGCUCUGGAUUUGCCUGGAGGCUUGAGGAUAGUUCUGGUGGGAAAGACUGGAUCAGGGAAGAGUGCGACAGGAAACACCAUCCUUGGGAGAGCUGCCUUCAGAGAGGACCCGAGCCCUGUGUCUGUGACCAAACACUGUGAGACACAGAGCGGGGAAGUGGAUGGGACUGUGGUUCAGGUGAUUGACACUCCAGGUCUGUUUGAUACAGGCAUCACAGAGGAAGAAUUAAAAACCAGAAUAGAGGAAUGUGUCAAGAUGUCGGUGCCUGGCCCUCAUGCCUUCCUACUGGUGAUCAGGCUCGGAGUGAGAUUCACAGAGGAGGAAAGAAAUGCUGUGAAGUGGAUCCAGGAUAACUUUGGAGACGAUGCCUCCAUGUACACUAUCAUGCUAUUUACCUGUAAAGAUCAGGCUAAAGCUGACAACGCUCUGAAGGAGUGCAAGGAGCUACGGAGACUCUCAAUAACAUUUGGACGUAGAUACCAUUCGUUCAACAACAAUGACGCAGAUGACCGCAUACAGGUCACAGAGCUGAUCACCAUGAUCAAGGAAAUGGUACAGGAUAACGGGGGAAAACACUACACUAAUGAGAUGUAUGAAAAAGCCCAGAAGAAGCUCAGAGAGGAGGAGGAGCAGAAGAGACAGGAGGAGGAAGAGAAAAAAGAGGAGGAGAGGAAAAUGUGGGAUGCAGAGAGGGAGAUGAAAGAGAAGAAGAGAGAAAAGGAGAAAAAGGUUAAGAAGAAGAAUAUACGUGUGGCUUCAGCUAUUGCUGCUGUGCUGGUGUUAGCAGGGGUGGUUAUAGCAGUGGGAGCUAACUCCACAGUGGCUCUGGCUCUAGGAGCUCCUGUACUCAUCCUGGGAGUCUUGUGUGGUUUAGCUGCCAUUUGCAUGUGGAAAGGCACAAGAUGCAAAGCUAAAGAAGCUGUUUCAGUAUAACCUUGCAGAGGCUAGUAAACAAGGACACAUUUAUCUUUAUCUGAGGUAUGUGACUGAAUACACAGUAUUCGAAAUACAGUAUUAGUGUUUUACAUCUCACUACUCACUGUUAGAGUUAAUCAGUGAAUGAUGCUGUUUUGGCCUUCUCUGCAUUCUGCUGCCAAAAUAAUUAACUUUUGACACAACAUUGCCAUAACAGAUCUAUGUGAAUUUAAUACUGACAGUAAACAAAUGGUAUGAAAUGCAAUUCUUGUUUUCUUUUUGUUUGUUUUCUUUUCACUCAUUUAUUGUUUGGAGUUUAUAUAUAAACCCACAUAAUGCAUUAUACUUGAACAGAUAUUUUUUGGCUUAUGAGAAACAGUUUGAGUCCUAAUAAAUAAUGUUUGUGCUAUA